AACUAUAUCGGAAACUGUAAGUGCGUUGGUCUCUUGGUGUUAGGUAUUGUUUUCUAUUGUCAAUUGUGAUGUUUACAUUUUAGCAAAACGUGGAAUAAGUAAGUUUGAUAUAACCUAACCCUUUUACUACAUUUUUAGUUUAAAAAAUUUAACCAACACAAGAAUAACAUCUCAAAGAACAGGGUUAAUAGACUGGCAGCAUGGGAGAAGAAAGAGAUUUUGAUAGAGACAAAGACAGAGAUCGAAGAAGAAGUGAUCGCAAGAGGAGCCGUUCCCGUAGUAAAGACAGGCGCAAAAAGUCACGUUCAAAAUCUCGUGAUAGAGGCAACAGUUUUGGUGUAGAAAAGAAGAAAGCAAGACGAAAGAAUAUAUCUCUUUAUUGGGAUGUACCACCAGCUGGAUUUGAACACAUCACACCCCUUCAGUAUAAAGCAAUGCAAGCCGCUGGCCAGAUUCCUGCAACACUUAUAGCAGCUCCAGGGAUGGCACCAGUACCUGUUGUAGGGAGCACUAUUACUAGACAAGCUCGUCGUCUCUAUGUUGGCAACAUUCCAUUCGGAUGCUCUGAGGAAGAGAUGAUGGCUUUUUUCAACAGUCAGAUGCAUGCCUCUCAUUUCUCACAGGCCCAAGGAAACCCUGUUCUUGCUUGUCAGAUCAAUUUAGAUAAGAACUUUGCUUUCCUGGAAUUUCGCUCCAUUGAUGAAACAACACAAGCCAUGGCAUUUGAUGGUAUCAAUUUCAAAGGUCAGAGUUUGAAGAUUCGCAGACCGCAUGAUUACCAGCCAAUGCCUGGAAUGUCUGAACAACCCAAUAGUGCUGUUUCAGGUGUUGUGUCAACUGUAGUACAAGAUUCCCCACAUAAGAUUUUUAUUGGUGGCUUGCCUUCAUACUUGAAUGAAGAUCAGGUCAAGGAAUUACUGAUGUCUUUUGGUCAACUUAGAGCUUUUAACUUGGUAAAGGACAGUGCAACAGGACUCUCUAAAGGUUAUGCCUUCUGUGAAUAUUUUGAUGUAAAUCUCACUGAUCAGGCCAUAGCCGGACUGAACGGAAUGCAGCUAGGAGAUAAAAAACUAAUUGUACAGAGAGCUAGUGUAGGAGCCAGAAAUAGUACAAUGGCUGUUCCUGUACAGAUCCAGGUACCUGGUCUUCAACUUUCUGGUGGGGCAGGUCCUCCUACCGAAGUACUUUGUCUUAUGAAUAUGGUAAUUCCAGAUGAACUCGUGGAUGAAGAAGAAUACGAGGAUAUUUUGGAAGACAUAAGAGAAGAAUGCAACAAAUAUGGAGUGGUUAAAAGUCUUGAAAUCCCUCGUCCUAUAGAAGGUGUAGAUGUUCCUGGAUGUGGUAAAGUUUUUAUAGAGUUCAACUCAGUUAUUGAUUGUCAAAAAGCUCAGCAGAAUCUUACAGGAAGAAAGUUUGCCAACAGAGUUGUCGUUACAUCUUAUUUUGAUCCUGACAAGUACCACCGACGUGAAUUUUGAUUAAUUUUAUCUCAGACAGAAAGGUCAUUAUAGUUUUUUUUAGAUAACAAUGUAAACUUUCACAGGCAAAAAUUUACUCAUGUUAUUAAGUUUAAAGUCAUUGUGAAAAUUUACCAAUUUUUAUAAUGUUUUUAAAGGUGUAUGAAAUGUAACUUAGAAAGACAGAAAUAAAUACCAAUUUUAAUCACUGAA